CGUCAUCAAGACGCGUGGCCGUCGGAAGCGUUCGGGAAGAGAUAGGAAAGCUGGUAUGGCGAGUCCCGCUGCCACUUCUGUUAGACCGCCCAGGCCCAAGAAAGAGCCGCAGACCCUCGUCAUCCCCAAGAAUGCAGCCGAGGAGCAGAAGCUCAAGCUAGAGCGGCUCAUGAAGAACCCGGACAAAGCUGUUCCAAUUCCAGAGAAAAUGAAUGAAUGGGCUCCUCGACCUCCUCCAGAAUUUGUCCGAGAUGUCAUGGGUUCCAGUGCUGGGGCUGGCAGUGGAGAGUUCCACGUGUACAGGCACCUACGGCGGAGAGAGUACCAGCGGCAGGACUACAUGGAUGCCAUGGCUGAGAAGCAAAAACUGGAUGCAGAGUUUCAGAAGAGACUGGAAAAGAAUAAGAUCGCUGCAGAGGAGCAGACUGCAAAGCGCCGGAAGAAGCGGCAGAAGUUAAAAGAGAAGAAGUUACUGGCAAAGAAGAUGAAACUUGAACAGAAGAAACAGAAGGAAGAACCCAGUCAGUGCCAGGAACAGCAAACCAGCAGUUCUGAGGAGGCAUCUGGAGCAGAGGAGGAGGAAGAAGAGCCCAGCAUCGUCAUCAUGGGGCGAUGAGUUUGAGCAGUUGUGAGCCCAGCUCAUUCUGUGACCAGCCUCAGAAAAGAAAAGGCUGUAUGUGACCCAGCUGCCAGACUGGCUUUGUUGGGAGAAGGAAGGAGCCUCCUGCAGCCCUGCCUGCCUGCCUGGGGAGCAGAGGGAGGGAGUGUCCCUUAGACAUUUGCAGACAUUGCCUACUGUAUCCUGCCCUGCUCUUGCUGAAGGGGAGUAAGUGCCUCACCUUCGCCUGGCGCCUGUUCCCUUCUGCUUGAACAGCAGUGAGCUCUGGGCUGGUCUCUGUGAAGAGAAUAUUUAUUUAGUAAAGAGCAGAAAACCUA